AGCAAUAGGCUUUUCACACCACGCGGCGUCCCGAAAACACCUAAGAAUAUUAGGAGCAAACAUCGAAUGAUCGCGCAUGCUUCUGAGACCUCAUUGACCUACAAUAACAAGGCAAGGUUUACAAUAAGAACAGAGUAACUACAUCUAAAGCUCACGACAGUUACAACGUUUUCCUAUCGGCGUGCCUACUAUCUUAGUUGGGCGUAUUUGCGUUAAGUAAUGAUCAUUCGGUUGAUAGUAUGUAAUGUGAGAGCGCAAGACAAAGCGACGACCUUGCGCUCUGGGGACGCGCUGAGAGCCCACGCCCCACCGCACCACCGUUAACACCACUUCUUAUAAAAACCACUGUUGCUUAUCAAAUGUAUGUCAGUCACGCAUCUCUAUCCAAAAAACAUGUUCACCAAAAUUUUAGCUCUCAGUGCUGUGGUGGCAGCCGCUCAGGCUGGUCUUCUGGGACUAAGCCAUGGCCUCGGCCACGAUCAUGGAUAUUCAGUAUCUUCUCAGCAUAACGUAGUCCAGCAUCCCCACUAUGCUCCUGAAGCACACUACGCUCAUGAGGAAUACUCCCAUGGUGGCCACUACGCUGCUCCACUCGCCCAUGAUGCCCACUACGGCGCCUCUCCCCUGCUCCACACCUCUCCCCUGAUCCACGCCGCUCCCAUUGUUCAUGCUGCCCCUCUCACCCAUGCGGGACCCAUUGGACAUAGUGCAACCAUCGCCCACAUUGCCUCCUUGACCCAUUCGGCUCCUUUGGCCCAUGCUGGUCAUAUCGCCCCCAUUGCUCCUCACAGUUAUGCUUCCCACCAUGACGGACAUGACACAUACGCCCACCCCAAAUACCAGUACUCUUACUCCGUUGAGGAUCCCCACACCGGGGAUCACAAGUCUCAGCACGAAAUCCGUGACGGCGACGUUGUAAAGGGUGGAUACUCCCUGCUGCAGCCCGAUGGUUCCGUACGCAAGGUCACCUACACCGCUGACGACCACAAUGGAUUCAACGCAGUCGUGGAGAACUCUGGACCUAGUCACCACGUGUACUCUUCUCAGCACCACCAUUACUAGAUCUCGUAUUAACAAAUAAGCUUUACAAACAAGACUUAUACCUUGUUUAUUUAUUAAUAUUAUUUGAAUGUACAAUGAAGUCAAGAUAGAUAAGAUAAAGAUACUGAUUAAAAAAAAUGUUCCA